UCAUAAUAUUCCGAUCAUCAAAAUAUAUAAAAAAAAAUUAUGUGGUAAUAUAAACAUGAAGUCAACGACGACAAGUAUGAAAGAAGUCGACCGUGGUCAAGCGGCGGUGGCGGUGGCCGUAAAAGGCGGUGGAAUUGGCGGGAAAGGAAGUAAAAGAGCAGUAAAAUGGGCUGUUGAGAAUCUGUUACAGAAAUCAGAUCGUCGGGCUGUUUUGAUCCAUGUCAUUCCAAGGAUUACUUCCGUACCCACUCCCUCAGGAAAACAAGUCCCCAUUGUGGAGCUGGAUGCUAGUGUGGUCGCCAUGUAUGUGAAAGACACAAUAUCCCAAAUUGAAGAACAAGUGUUUCCACCAUACAUGCACCUUUGCAAAGGCAAAUUGAUAGAAACUUUGGUGGUGGAAGGGGCUGACAUAGCAUCAGGGAUUGUAAGUUAUGUAUCUGAGUUAGGGGUCAAUAGUUUGGUUCUUGGUUCAUGCUCCUCUAACUGGCUCAUGAGGAAGUUAUAUGGAGCCGAGGUACCCUUGGUUGUUCUAAAACAUGCUCCAAGAACCUGCAAUGUAUAUGUGGUGGGUAGAGACGGGCUCAUCCCCAAAUCAGAUAGCAGUUCUAGUCACCAAUUCUCUUGUGGCUUGAGUAACAUAUGGUGUAGGCUUGGUUCUGUAAAAGAGUUCAAAGUUCCAGAAUCACCUGUGACAGAUAUUACUCGAUUGAAUUCUCAAUCAUCGAACCACGAAAAAGAUUCCAACAAAUCUAGUACUGUCGAGAAGAGCAGCGACUCCAGAAGAGCCUUGAGUGAUGCCAUCUUACAAUACCGAGUGCCAACUAAAAGUUCUGUGUCUUCUACAUGUUCAGAUCAGUCAAAUGUGCAUGGUGAAGUAGAAAAACUAAGACUCGAGUUACGAAAUGCUGUCAAUAUGUACAAUCAGGCAUGUGACGAGCUAGUGCAUACACAAAACAAGGUCCAAAUGCUUUCUUCUGAUAGUGCGGAAGACGCCAAAAGAAUUAGUUCUGCAAUAGAACGUGAAGAGAAAUUCCGAAAAAUUGCUGUUGAGGAGAAAGAGAAGCAUUUGGAAGCAGUCAAAGAAGCUGAAAUUGCUAGAGAUCUGCUUGCAAAAGAGGCUUAUGAAAGGGAAAUAUCAGAACAAAAGGCCAUGAAGGUAACCUUGGAGAAACAACAGAUUGUUGAGGCGCUAUUAAUUAGCGACAAACGUUACAGAAGAUACACAAUUAAUGAGAUAGGGAUCGCAACAGAUUCCUUCUCUAAAGCUAAAGUUGUUGGUGAAGGAGCAUAUGGUAAAGUCUAUAAAUGUAAUCUUGAUCAUACCCCAGUAGCCAUCAAAGUUCUUUGGUCCGAUACAUCUGAAAAGAAACGGGAGUUUCUACGAGAGGUAGAGGUUCUCAGUCAACUAAGCCAUCCGCACAUGGUGCAACUUCUUGGAGCCUGUCCUGAGAGGGGUUGUCUGAUAUACGAAUACAUGGAAAAUGGAAGCCUGGAGGACUUCAUCUCCAAAAAGAACAGUAAAUAUUAUCUUUCUUGGCAUACCCGUUUUCGAAUAGUUUUUGAAGUGGCUUGUGCACUAGCAUUCUUACAUAACUCAAAACCCGACCCUAUAGUUCACCGUGAUCUAAAACCCGGAAAUAUCUUACUUGACCGAAAUUUUGUGAGUAAAAUUGGAGAUGUGGGAAUGGCAAAGCUUAUUACAAAUGUGGUGCCUGAUAAUGUAACAGAGUACAAAGACUCUGUUCUUGCUGGUACCAUGUACUAUAUUGAUCCUGAGUACCACAGAACUGGCACUGUUCGACCAAAGUCGGAUUUAUAUGCUUUGGGGAUUAUAAUCUUGCAGUUGCUAACAUUACUUCAACCAAAGGCGGUUAUAUCAGAAGUUGAAUCGGCUAUUUCUUGUGGUACUCUAUCCGACAUACUAGAUGACAAGAUAGCUGAUUGGCCAUUAGCUGAAGCAGAGGAGCUGGCUAAAUUAGGACUUGAAUGUUGUAGUCUUAGAUGCAGGGAUAGACCAGAUCUUGAUACAGAGGUGCUCCCUGUCUUGAAGAAACUCCAUGAAUUUGGCGACACAAGUCGGAAGGCUGGCAAAUAUAGUAGUGGUGCCCCUAGUCACUUCUAUUGUCCGAUCGUUCAGGAAAUCAUGGAUGAUCCUCAUAUAGCGGCUGAUGGUUUUACAUAUGAACAUAGAGCUAUGCAGAUAUGGCUUGAAAGACAAGAUACAUCACCAGUGACAAAGCGCCGGCUACAACACAAAAUAUUAACUCCCAACCACACGUUGCGGUCAGCCAUACAAGACUGGAGAUUACGUUCGACAUCCUCAAAUUGACCUUCUUCCCCGUAUAAGAGUCUCUUGAACCAGAUUGUUUGUAUAUAGCAUUAUAUUUGAGCAUCUCUGAAGUUUACAUUAAUUGCGCACUCUAUAUCCUAGUAUAAGCAUUCUGUAAUUAAAUUCAGAUCUAAUUAUGAUGGCUAUCACAUGUACCUACAGAAGUACGAAUUACCAUUGAUUUCUAAUAGUUAAGUACGAAUUACCAUUGAUUUUCUAUCAA